AUGGAAUGUAGUAAAUCUAUACAAAAAACCGUAGCCAUCAUUGGGAGUGGCCCUGCGGGUGCCUUUGCUGCAUGGGCGCUGCAGAAUGAUGGCUUCUGUGUUAUACUCUUCGAGAAAGUAUGCGUCGAAAAUCAUCUUACUCUGAACGGUCAUUCAUAUCGACAUGAAGGCGAUGUAGUCAGCAUUCCAAUGCGAACAUUUUCCGGGAAAUAUUAUGCCAACUUCUUUCAAGUGCUGAACCAUCUUCAUAUCAAAACGCAGAUACAUCGUUUUCAUUUUCUUUUUAUGAGAGACUCGCGGCAAUACUUUCAAUUCUUUUCUAAUUUCCAUAAAGUCAUCCCUUGUCUCAAGAAUGGGCUUCUGCUCAACAUAUUUACAUUUCUUUGCUACAUCUGGUUUACGUUUGCAUGCUUUUGGAUAUCUCCCUACAUUGCCAGUCUGGAUACCAAUCAUACCAAAACAGAGACUUUGGAGGAAUAUAUCCAUCGCAUUUGGCUCCCUGAUGUAUUUCUUGGAAAGUAUCUGCUGCCUCUAUAUUCAUCUGUUGCAACAUGCAGCCACGAUGAUCUACGACUCUUCCCAGCUGCUUAUAUCCUGAACUAUAGAAAGGAAACAUUUGCGGCACAACAUCAAACUGUUCCUGACAUGGGCCUGUUGCAAGACCAACUGACAGAAAAUGUUGAGAAAAGGUUUCGGAGUGAAGUGGUGUCAGUAAAAUCACAAGAAUACGGCAAAGUUAUUGUUCAGUAUCGCCACCUUGACAAACACUCUACCAUGGAGUCAGAAUUUGAUCAUGUUAUUCUUGCUACCAACUCCGCGGUCUCAAGUAAAAUCCACGAGGCUAGUUCAUCCAUCACCAAACAACUGAGAAGUCGCCUAGUGCGAGUUUCCGUUCAUCUGCAGACGGAAACAGAAACUUACAUGGCGCAAAAAACCAAGCCUAGUGAAAUUCUCAUAUUGAAUACCGAGAAGAAUCCUCAACAGAUUGAUAUCACACACUCGGUCCAUCUUCACCCAUCAGGCGUAUCGGUUACGGUAUCCGCAGAGAUGAAUAACGACGUUGAAGAUCAAGGUGGAGCGUUACCACUACAUAUAGUCACGCUUGCUCGUCCACUUCCAACCCCUGAUUCACAUCGCAUACUUCUAUCCGUCUUUGGAGAAGGGGCUAAACUUUCAACCAAUGGCUGGAAAAAUGGAGAUGGAAACGUUUACUUGGCAGGAGGCUACGCUUCUGCCGGGUUACCUUUGCUCGAAGCAUGUGCGCGCAGUGGAUUAGAGGCUGCUGAGGCUAUUGGUGCAAAUCUACCCUUUGCCUUGAUACGCAAGACGCCUUUUUAGGAAGGAAUUGGAGCUUUAUUUGAGAUAAAAACAUGUUUGUACACUUUGCUAUAACAAUCUUUACAGAUAUACAUGUAUUUUAACAUAUCCUAUCCUGAAUGAAAUGCGGCCCGUGAUUGACAUCGAAAUAUUUCUGCAUCAUGUAUAAGCCAAGCCGGUUUUGACUUUAUCAACUUGUAAUCAAGCGUUCCACAUUCUACAAGCA